GGUUCAAAGAGCAGCGGCGACGCGACCCAUGAGCGGCCACCAGAAGCUCUGCGCGACGCGGUGUCCUCUACCGUCGGCGGCCGACGAGCGCGUCCACGUGCUACCAUGCAAGGUCAAGCACGAUGGCAAGGCGCCGAUCUCGUCGUACUUUGUCGUCGAGGACGCCGGCGACGCCAAGGCGGCGCGCUUCCGCGGGAUCGAGCUCAGUGGCACCGAGGUGCACCUCGACACUCUCGGCUACGCGGGCCUCGUCAUGGUCGACGAAGGCGUGCCAGAUGAGACGGCUGAAGAUGACUUUAACGCCUUCUCGUCGGACGCGCCGCCAGCGCCCAGUUCGAUCUGGGAGAUCGAAGGCCACUUCGCGACGUUGGUCGACUGGCAGACCAAGGACUUGCCUUCGAACGACGCGAUCGCCAAGCGCUUGGCGCACUGGAACAUCAUCUCGGCUGCGAUCCACGACGACUGACCGAGCUCAUUCACGUCCUUAUGAGCUAGUACUUGUAGCACUCUAUUCUAUCGUCGAAAGAACGUCGACGUCUUGUUUUCUUG